AUGUCAGCCCAUCACUUUCUCAUCCUUGCCGGCCUUGCCUUGUCAACGCUGCCCUGUUUGGUGCCGAUGAAGCGUCCGCGCGACGUGGCGUCGCCCGCCGACGGGGCUCCGGCGGAUGCGGACGCGCGGCGGCGGCAGCCGGCGGUGAUUGCCUACCGCGUGGAUUUGCUGCCGAAGUACGACGCAAGCUUCUACGAGCGUGCGCGGGUGGGCCUGAAGAAGUCCUUUGAGGUGGAGGUGCCGCCCCGUGCGGCGCGGAGCUUCGAGGUGCCGAGGGGCCACUUCUUCCGGAUCCACUGCGUCGACGGCCCUCAGGUGGGUGAUCUGAACCUCUGGUGCUUGGACAACCUGGAAGAGCGCUUCUACACAGGUAAGACGAGGCAGCUGCAUGCGACCCAUUUGACCAAAGGGGAUCGCCUUUGGAGCUGCUUUCCUUUUCUCAGGCCAAUGGCCACCAUUACCCAUGAUAGCCUGCAGUGGUAUGGCUGGGACCAGGAUGGUGCGAGCGUCCAUGAUGUCAUUGGGACGCGGUGCGACCCCUACUCCAACCGGAUGUUAAGGGGUGAAGAUUAUGACCACUGCUGUCACUCCAACCUGAUCCGGGCUUUGGCUGAGCGUGGGGUGGCAGAUGCUGAGAAGCAUGUUCACGAUGUGCUGAACGUCUUCAUGUGCACAGGUUUUACCAAAGACACGCACCAGUACUUCAUGAAGGCCAGCCCGGUGCGUCCGGGCGACUUCCUGGAAUUCUUCGCAGAGAUCGAUCUGCUGGGUGCCCUGUCGGCGUGUCCCGGGGGAGACACCAGCGCCAGCCAUUCCGAUGACACCCAGCGGUGCUUCCCGCUGAAGGUGGAGGUCUUGGAACCCUGCUCGAAGGAGCUCGAAGGGUGGAUUGGGCCACAGGUCUGUGGAUAUGCUGGCAAGCACGGCCUCGCAUGAGCUUCCAGCGAUGAAUGCAGACGAGGCUCGUUGCGCUCCACCAUGGAGCCACCAGAGCCGCGGGAGCUACCGUGGUAGCUCUACCACCGGCGCUUGGAGAAGGACCAAAGAAUCGACUCGCUGCUCGAAUCCCUGUGCUGAAGUCAGCAGGGUUUACAAAGCCGCUAGAAGUUGAUGUGGUGAACUUCGAAUUGAUUGGCCCCUCAAAUAAAGACCAUGGUUCACGUGGGACCAGAAGUCACGUGGUAUCAGA